UAUCAAGUGAUUGGUACAAGUUCUCCGAGAGAGAGAGAGAGAGAGAGAGAAUGGGUACAUUUCUAGGGUAUGCGUUCACCUUGACCCUGCUCUUUUGCAUAGCUCAAGGCAAAGUCCUCCGCUAUGAUUUCGUGGUAAAGGAGACACCCAUUGACAUGUUGUGUGAGACGAAUCGGACUGUAUUGACCGUGAAUGGUCUGUUUCCGGGGCCGAAGAUUCGUGCUCACAAGGGCGAUACCAUCUAUGUCAAUGUUACCAACAUAGGACCUUAUGGAGUCACUAUUCAUUGGCAUGGAGUGAGACAAAUAAGGUAUCCCUGGUCUGAUGGCCCGGAGAAUGUCACACAAUGCCCAAUCCCUACGAACUCAAGCUUCCUUCAAAAAGUCAUUCUCACCGAAGAAGAAGGCACGCUAUGGUGGCAUGCUCACAGCGAUUGGACACGUGCAACUGUACACGGCCCUAUAAUCAUUUUGCCUGUUGGUGGCACUAACUACCCUUACAAGUUUGACAAACAACACACAAUUGUGAUCGCUGAAUGGUAUGCGAGAGAUACGAAGGCCAUAAUUGAUGAGGCUCUUGCUACUGGGGGCGAUCCAGACUUAUCUGUGGCCUAUACCAUCAAUGGUCAACCUGGAGACACUUAUCCAUGCUCUAAUGGUUUGAUGUACAAUAUAACAGUUGUGCAAGGAAAAACGUAUCUCUUUCGGAUCAUCCACUCGGGGAUGAAUGAAGAGAUGUUCUUUGGCAUAGCCAAGCACAAUCUCACCGUAGUCGGAAUGGAUGGAGCUUAUUUGAAGCCACUUAAGACCAAUUACCUCAUGAUAACUCCUGGUCAAACAAUGGACGUUUUGGUCACCGCGAACCAAAGCCCUGGUCGCUACUACAUGGAAUUCAGUCCGUUUGUGGACACUGAUGCCUCGACCAACGAAAACGUCACAAGGGGGAUAUUCCAAUACAGCGGGCUCUAUGCAUUCGGCGAGCUUGAACAACAUAAGUUUUUGACUCCAUCGAUUAGCAUUCUCCAAGCAUACUACAAGGAAGCUGCCUUUGUGAGCACCGAAGUGUUGAUGAUCAAGUAUAAUGAGGAGGUCGAAAUAAGAUUUCAAGGGACCAACUUCGGAGCAGCGGAGAAUCACCCCAUGCAUUUGCACGGCUAUAGCUUUUAUGUCGUCGGAAUGGGCGAUGGAAAUUUCAGUGACUCCUAUGUAUCGCAGUAUAAUACAGUGGAUCCGCCCUAUAUUAACACCGUUGGACUCCCCAAAAACGGCUGGACAGCGAUCAGAUUCAGAGCCAAUAAUCCAGGGGUGUGGUUCGUGCACUGUCACUUAGAUCGCCAUGCAAGCUGGGGAAUGGACACGGUCCUCAUCGUUGGAGAGGGGCCAAACACGGACCAGAAGUUGCUUCCGCCGCCCCAACACAUGCCUCCUUGUUCUGGGCUUUAAUCAUGACGCCGUUUGCUUUGGGUUCAUAAGUAUAUUACUAUCGAAGAUUCGCAACUUUAGAUCAUUCUAAUAAGUUUCAAUUGUAAUCUUCAUUCAGAAUAAUGUAAUUUUCUUUUGAUAAGUAAUUCGAAAUGUAUUUGCACGAUUAGU